UCGUCACAGAUAUUUUCAGAAUCUACCAAGAACGUAUAAAUUUAUGUAAUAUUGAAGUGCUUUUCUAACUCUAGGACUAGUUCGAGCUUUUUUAAAGCACUUUUAUGGAAAAUUGGCGCAAUAUUUCAAAUAUUUGACAGUUCAUGGUUGACAAUUCUAAAAAAUUUCAAUCCAUCAAGCACCCCCUGCACGACGCUGAUUGGGUGGCUUGUUCCAUUUUUCGCAAAAUGUUGCCAAAUUAAUUGCCCGAAUGCCCUAUUUUCGAAAAAUGAUCACAUGACCUUGACAACUGUCAAAUUUCCGUGUUGUCAAACAAUUGUCAAAAGAGAAUGAGAUCAUAGCAAGAAAAUUUUGGGUAGGUCUACAAUUUGUUUCAAAAAUGGGGCUGUUUGGAAAAACACCUGAACGGAAUCCCAAGGAUAUGGUAAAUGAGUGGAGCUCAAAAUUGAGGAAAGAAGGAUACCAACUGGACCGUCAAAUCAGAUCCAUUAAACGAGAAGAGGAAAAAGUGAAACGGUCACUUAAGGAGGCUGCUAAGAAGAAUGAUAAAGACACAUGCACAAUCCUAGCAAAGGAAAUUUUGCAUGCACGGCAGGCUAUAAACAGGAUUUACACUUCCAAAGCCCACAUAAACUCAGUAAUGUUGCAGAUGAAGAACCAGUUAGCGACUCUGCGCGUUGCUGGCUCCCUGGCAAAAUCUACAGAAGUAAUGCAAGCCAUGCAACGCCUAAUUCGCGUCCCAGAAGUGGCUCAAACCAUGCAAAACCUCUCCAAAGAGAUGAUGAAAGCAGGGAUAAUUGAAGAGAUGUUAGAUGAAACAAUGGACAGUUUCGAAGACACUGAAGAAAUGGAAGAGGCGGCGCAAAGUGAGAUUGAUAAAGUAUUAUGGGAAAUAACUGAGGGUAAAUUAGGGGAGGCCCCCGCGCCCCCCGUUGGCGACAAAGCGGCGCCUGUGGAAGAACCUGCAGAAAGUGUGGAUGUUGAGGAUGAGGAAGAAAUUGAAGAAAUGCAAAGCAGAUUAGCUGCACUUAAAUCCUAACUUAUAAUUGAGCUAAAGUAUUUUACUCCUGUUUGCUUUACUGUAGAUAAAAAAUGAAUAUUUUUUUAGUGUAUUUAUGCAACAUUUUGUAAAUACUAUUAAGAUUCUAAUUCACUAAUUGCCUGUUGACAGUUUAUUGUUUAAUUUAAAUAAAUAUAAUAUAAAAUUAAUGAA